AGUUAGAAGGAUUUGGCUGACGGUGCAUCCACGCAGCAGUAAAACAGGAUCGUGACUCAGAGGACGUCUGCUGGGGAACACGACUGAAGCUGCAAACAGAUCCCUCUGUUCCUCAGGUGUUGUCUGAAACCGGAUCGGCUGAUGAGACCAGCAGCUGCUCUCUGGACUCGCUCAGACCGGCCAGAUGGAUCAGAAGAGUGUGAUCAGACUCAGUCACUGUGACAAGGACAUCUACUGCUUCUUCGUGCCGGAUCAGUGUCCCGAGUGCGGCGUCAGCUUCAGCGGCAAGCGUCUGGAGGAAGCCCCGGUCAGCGUCCCCAGCCCCUUCAGUAACGGACACAAAGAACCGUGUGCUUUCCUGGUGACCUCCACAGAUGUGCUCAGGGACUUCGAUGGCAGUUCUGAUCUUCACACAGGAAUCAGCAACACGAGCGGCACGGUGUACAGCUACACACGGAGCGGUGUGCAGAGAGAGUCUCAGGGCUGGGAGCGCUGUGUGUGUGUGCCGCUGGUGCACACACACAUGUUCAGUCUCAGGAGCCAGUGGGACCAGUAUCUGGAGCAGUUCUCCAGCGCUCACACCUGGGACCCGGCCAGCCACAGCUUUGACGAGGAAAGCCACAACUGCUACAGCUUCUCUCUGAUGUUCAUCAACUGUGUCCUGGCCACGCAGUCCAAGCCAGCGCUGAGUAAAGAUGAGUUCACACGCUCCUUCGUGCUUCCUCGGAUCAAACGAGCUUCCAAGUACAUGAUGCUGUGCCGUGAGAUCUCCCAGAACCACUUCUACAUCGUGGACAGUACACACAGAGACUCAGGCCAGGGUCCGAGUGAGGACGACGACAGCAAGAACAAAUGAGAAGAAUCAGACUUCCUCAGCUCCUUACACGUCUUCUCUCAAGGUGAAGAAUGCCGAAACGUGCCUGUCGAUCCGUACUCUAAUGACCUGACACCACGUCUGUAGAACCUUCCAGAUGUUUAUCAUCAGUGUCCUGCAGCACAGAAGCAGUCAUCAGUGUCACAGACGUAUAUUUGGAGAAAUACACAACAAUACACUGUAUGAGUCACAAUUA